UCUAAUGGAGUCAUGUUGCAGUAACAGGAGUGCCGGGGUGAGAUGCAUUAACUUUCUCCCAAUCGCUCAAAAACUGUUAUAUCAAAGUCUGCAUCAGCCGCCACCAACAAGGAUUCUCCUCUGGUGAUCCUCUGUCUGCUGAAACGUUGGGGAAAAUCGCCAUCCAGACGAUGUCAAACUGCUCCCUUAAAACCAUCCUAUUGUUCUCAUUAAAUCAGUGGUCAAGUCUUGCGAGAUUUGUUAUAUAUAUAGUCAAAAACUUUGAUUAAAAACCUAUGUUGUGCAAGUUGCGAUGUUUGUAACUGUUGUGUAAAAGAAAAACUCAGACACGUGAUACAAUAUAACAGCGACUUUUUUAUAUACACAACAGGGAGCGGCAAUCUGUAACGAAACAUUGUUACAGAUGAACUUUUUGCAUUGGUUUUGUGAAUCGAUAUAUAUUUAGUUUUCAGUGCCAUGUUUGUUUGAUAUAUUGAAGUAUGUGCUAUGGUAUUGGAAUUGGGAUAUUGUAUGUACAUUACUCUAUGCUUAGGAAGGAGUUUUAAAAAUGAAUGGAAGAAUUGAUAUCCUCGAAAAGGAAAUAAUUAAAAAGAAAUACGAAGGCCGUGUUUUUCCUUUUGAAAUGAUAAUCGUAUAAGAUUAUAUUUUAUGAGUGAAGAAAUUAACUAAAUACAAUCGAGUCUGUCGACUAAUACUGAGUACUCGUCGGAAUUUCAGAAGUCCAAAGGUAUGAAUUUCGUUCUCUACCAUUGACAACAGUUGGCCGGGAUUUAUAAUUAAAACAUUAUAAUAUAAACUAUAUCGUGGUGUGCAUUAAUAUUGGAACCCAAUUUUAAUAUUGACAAUAACUUUUGUGUUUUUAAAUGAUGUGCCCAACCUAACUUCCAGUCAUUUAACAAACAUUUGAGCUGACACAAAUGGUUUAUUUGUUCAUAAUUUUGCAUACUUAAUUAUAAUUUUCCAUAUACUAUCACAGAUUCAAGCUAACCAUAUUGUUCGAGCUUUAUUUAUUGUGUAGAAUCUGUAUUCCAGUAUUGAGGAUUAGCCUAUAAGAAUUUUUUUUAUUUUUAUUUUGUAAUUAUAACACAGAAUAUUAUACAUGCACACACACUCACAGAGAAAAUUUUUAUUCACAAUGAAACUCCUAACGUUAGUAUUAGAGCGCGCAUCUUAAAAUUUCACUCUCAUCCUUUUUUCAUAACGCGCCUUGCUCACUGCGCCUUGUUAGCCGCCCAGUUUGACUCACGGCGCAAUCCAUUGCCGGCCAGGACCUCGUGUUAGACAUCGGGACUUCAUUCAUCAGUGUCUAGGACCUGAGUGUCUCGCACCUGCCCGCAGAGUAGAAGGCAUUCCCUUCUGGGAAUAUCCACCCUAGCUGAUCCGGCUGUUUCCCCCAACCCUACCAAGGAAUUUGCACUAAGUCAAAGACGAGCCAAUGGCCAAUUAACUUAGAAUGCUGCAAAAGAAAAGAAGAUUAUUGUCGGGUGACAGUGUGAUGCACUUACAAUAUAAUAAGUAAUUUGUAAUUUGGUAUUGUCCCGUGAUGCAUUGUAUACUGUUCUGUCUAUGCACCUUACACUUAACAAUUUAUCAAAAUUUCUGCCUACUGGGUGUAUUGGAUUGGUGCACAGGCACCUGGCUUUGGGGGGGGGGGGGGGGGUGUCUUCCUUCCCCUGCCUCUGUAUGAGAAUGGUAUGUGACUUCUUGUAACGGUUCGUUACAUACAAAAAUAAACAUAUGUUCAACGCCGAUUGUAAUUUUUGUUGUUUUAUUUUUUUCACUAGAAUGCACAGACGAAUCCAAACACUUCCAACGUUUCACUCACUCGUUCAACACUUACAUCUGCCCGUCAAAAAAUGCUCGCAGCUUGCGCAAUGAGAAUUAACGAAAAUAGCGUCCUUCAGUAAUAUUUUACUGUAAGUACAAGAAGACAGUGCGGCCUCGAAACAGGCCGCACCCAGCGAAACCGAAUUUCGCCCCGAGCCAAACGCCGACGAAGGUGAUUACAAUUUCUAAUUUGUUACUGUCCGAAUGAAAAUAAAAAAAAAAAAUUAGGUUAACUUAAUACUCGUCCUGGCUCUGACCACCAACGUUAAAUUAUCUCUUCACAAAUUCUACAUAAUUUGGCGAGAAGCCACCGAACGCGACCUACUGGUGCAGCAAUUGGCAGACGACUGGUGAAAUCCUGCCACUGUCUCCUCCACGCAGGGAGGAGAAAUCACAUGACCUCACCGACCAAUCACACGCACGCUUCUUUCACACUUACAGAUACAAGCCAAUAGGAAAACAGAACACACACUGAAAACAGUUUUCUCUCCAUAGAGCCAGGGACUUUACAUUCUCCUUCUCUCUCCCACACCGUGAGACAGCAGUUAUCACACAUUUCCCACGACCAGUGGGGAAUCCCAGCUUUCGUCUCUCUCUUACUGGGGAAUCACUGUUUCGUUCUCACUCACACUUACAGGCCUCUCAUGCCUCUCUUUUUAACCAUCACACCAGACACAGUCCCGUGUUCUAGAAUCAUUCCACACGUUAAUUAAAAUUAAGAACAGCAAUCCCAACACAAAUUACUUGACAAAAUUCAACUUAUUUAGAAAAACCUGAAAAAGUAGGCCCAAACAGGCAAAAAUCUAGUAAAACGGCUCAUUUGUGAAUAAUUACAUAAAAAAUUGUCUAAUAAAAUACAAAAUACCUUCUUAAAACACAUAGCAAGUGAAAAAUAUCAACCCUAAAAUAUAUAACAAACGGUAAAAUAUAAUUAUAAAGACUUUUUAAGAAAUGUUUACAUGCAUAAAAAUAGUUUAAAAGAAAAAUAUUGAGCUAGGAGGGCAGGGAUCUUGCAACGUUACAAUCUUUACUCACGGACGUCUGGGUACUGUGGAGGCUGCUGGGCGGCUGGUCCUUCUGGGAGAUGGAGCAGGCUGGGCUGAAAAGAGCUGUUGAGGCUUCCACAUGGGUUCCCUUUUUCCCCUAAAGUAUAUGCACGUAAUCUCUGUAUAUCAGUUUAUUUGCGAAGGAUACAGAAGCGGGGGUGACCUGGCCUAGAACUGGUAGACUCUCCCUACUCUACGGCCUCUAAGUAGGCAGGUCCUGGACUUAAAGCCCGCCCCACACGAUGCCCAUUUCCUUAGCAGUUUUCAUGUUAUUUUUAUGCUAGCGCGCCUGCUCCCGUGUGGGUAACUUUCCAGCACCCUUCCAAGGGGUCUGGCUAUGGGUAUAAAAGUUUUCAUACCCAAAGUCUUAGCCAAAACCGUAAUAGAACGUGUCCUAUUUUUCUGCUACGAAAUCUGUUGUUGAAUUACCCAUGAUCCUCCUCAACCAAUCAUAGCUGCGUAUAUUGGUCACGUGUCCUUCCGGGUUUUCAAAAUAAAGUAACUAUCAACAUGGCGGCCAAGUGGUGUGUGGAACAUGUGGAAUGUUUGAUUGAAAAUUAUGAGAAAUACCCUUGUCUCUACAACGUGAAAAGCCCCAUAUAUCAUAAUAAACACGCAAGAAAUGAAGCGCUGGCAGCUAUAGCAAGUGCUGUGUCAGAGUUGAGGCCUGGGACUUCUGUCGACGAAGUGAAGAAUAAGUUUGCAAAACUGCGAUCUCACUUCGUCGCUGAAUUCAGCAAGAAGAAAACCUCAGAGAAGAGUGGGACCGGUACUGAUGAGAUUUAUGAACCAAAUUUUUGGUAUUAUAAGAAACUCUUUUUUCUUAUAAACCACAUUGUUCCGAGGAAGGGUGUGGAAACAAAGUUAAAAGUUGCACCUGCAUCGAGGGUGUGGGAGCCUUUAGUGGUUUAUGAUGAAGAUCAGUCGCUUUCAGAAGCACCCAAUGAAAGCCAGGAUUCAACGACAUCAAACCAGGCUAUUUCACUGUCAUGUCAGUCUCGGGCACAUAUAGCCGAGGGACAGCCCGGGCCCUCUGCAGAGCUGUGCAAGACCAUGGAACAGCCCCCCGUCACAGGACAUACAGGGACUUCAGCCUCAUUAGACAGUGUUGCGUGUACACCAAAAUCGCAUAAAAAACAAAAAAUUUCUACACCUUCUGAGGAUGGGUACACGGCAGUCCUCAACAGUGUUGUCGACGAACUCAAAAAGGAACCACCACGCCUCACGGUAAAUGAGCGCUUUGGCCAGUGGUUAGGUUGUGCGUUAGACAGCAUAAAAGAUCGGGGUGUCUGCAUGGCAGCCAAACAUGACAUAAUGAGAAUAAUUAUGGGAGCUGAAUUGGAUGACUCCCAUACAUCUAAUUUGCUCAAAUGAUGUUACAUCAAGCUUAUGUGUUUUUCUUUGUAUUUGCGUACCUUUUUUCUGUAAAUUUGUAAAUUGUAAAAUAAAAAUGUUACUUAUUAACUUGUAAAAUAAAAAUUAUACUUUUUUCUUAUAGUAGUUACGAAUUUUAAGAGACAGGUUUCAAAUUUUUAGUUCCUGCAUGCGUAUGUGUGCAAGAUUGUAUGUAAAUAGUGUUAUUCAUACUAAAUACAAAAAAAAAAUUAUAUUUCAUUUGGGUAAUUUACCUACUUAACUGAAUAAUAAUCAUUACUGGGCAUAAAUUGAGGUGAUCAUUCAUAUAAAAAAGCAAUGGUUUUAUUUUGUAACAUAAAAAGCCAAAUACUUAAUAUAUGUAGGUUUUUGUUUAUGUUUUAGAUACUAUCAAUCAUAUUCACACCACUACAUAUUUGUGCUCGUAGAAAAUUUUCUGUUUGGAGAACAUUAAACUAUCUCUGUUUAUAUAAUGAAAGUAUUUUCUGUUUUGGUAUUGAAUUUUCCAGCCCAUUGUUUGGCUUUUAUAUUUCCCUCAAUAUAUGAUCCAAGAAUACAACCACUGGGGUCAAAUUGUUUAAUGUAUUAAAUUAUUUAUAUUUAUCCUUCUGCAAUCAAUAAUCCUGUUAAACAGCUAACAAAAUAAUAAGUAUGGAUACUACAAUUAUUUAUAUUUUCAAAUAAGUGUUAAAAUAUUAUAUGCUCUCAGUUACAAAACAUAUUGUUAUUAACAAAAUAAAAGCUGGAUACUUAAUCCUGCAACAUUUAAUGCCUGGCAGAUAAAUUUAAUAUAUAAAAAUCAACGCUUGUUUGUUAGUGUUUUAUGUGCUACCAUCUCUUUAAUCCGAUUGCAAUAAACAUGUGUCAACAGAAUGCUUGCAUUUGUUGAAGGUUAUAGGGACAGUACAAAUAUUACAUAUCAUAGGAUUUCAUAUAAUGUAUUCAUUAUUGACAAGAAAAUAAAUAUUUUAUCAUUCCUAGUUAAA